UAGGGGAGGAGGGAUAGAGAGGAACAUUAGGAAGGGGAGCAAUGUUGCUAUUGCAACCUACCUGUUCCUCCCUUCAACCCUUUCAGAUGUCCACGUGUGGGCAACUGUCCCCAUGGCCCACAUACACCAGUGGCCAGACUAUUUUGCAAAAUCGAAAACCCUGUUCUGAUGACCACCGGAAACGAUCAAGUAGCUGGCGCCAGCAGUCCAUUGGCAUUGCCAAGCCCAGGUACCUAGAGCAGCUGGAAAACUACCUACGCAAGGAGCUCCUCCUGGUGGAACUGGGCAAAGACUCUGCACAGGAGCUGAGGCUGCAGCCUUACAGAGAGAUCUUUGAGUUUUUCAUAGAGGACUUCAAAACAUACAAGCCAUUACUUUCCUCCAUCAAGAAUGCAUACGAGGUGAUGUUAGCCCACCAAAGGGAGAAGAUUAGGGCUCUGGAACCCCUAAAGGCCAAACUUAUUACUGUGAAUGAGGACUGCAAUGAGCGGAUCCUGGCCAUGAGGGCUGAGGAGAAACACGAGAUCUCCAUGCUCAAGAAAGAAAAGAUGAAGUUGCUAAAACUCAUUGACAAAAAGAAUGAGGAGAAGAUCUCAUUGCAGAGCGAGGUGAAGAAACUGAGGAAGAACUUGGCUGAGGAGUACCUGCACUACCUCAGCGAGCGAGAUGCCCGCAAGAUCCUCAUUACGGACCUGAAUGAGUUGCGGUACCAGCGGGAGGACAUGUCAUUAGCCCAGUCCCCAGGUGUCUGGGGGGAGGACCCCGUGAAGUUAACACUGGCUCUGAAGAUGACUCGGCAAGACCUGACCCGUACACAGAUGGAACUCAACACCAUGAAGGCCAACUUUGGAGAUGUGGUACCCAGGAGGGACUUUGAAAUGCAGGAGAAGACCAACAGGGAUCUUCAGGAGCAGCUGGACACCCUGAGAGCUGAUUAUGAGGAGGUACGUAAGGAGCAUGAUCUGCUGCUGCAGUUGCACAUGAACACACUGAAGGAACGCGACCAGUACUUUGCUGAGCUGCAGGAGAUCCAGCGCACCUCCACCCCACGGCCUGACUGGACUAAGUGCGAAGAAGUGGUGGCUGGGGGCGCAGAGCGUUGGCUACUGUUGACUGAGGGCAAGAACAGUGACCAGUUGGUGGAUGUGCUCCUGGAGGAGAUUGGCGAGGGACUGCUACGGGGGAAAGACUUCUUUUCUGGUCUGGGCUAUGGGGAAUCUGUCCCCUCUUUCCUUCGGUUUGAUGGUCCUGUGGAGAACAAGAAGCCAACCAGGAAGCAAGUGAUAGAGGUCCUCAAAGAUGCCUGGAAGGAACGUAUUGCAGAGGAGGAGAAAGAGAAGUUUCAAGACUUCUUCUUUAAUUUUCUGGAGCGUCGCUUUGGGACCAGUGAUGCCAUGGCCUGGGCAUACACCAUUUUUGAAAAUAUCAAACUAUUUCGCUCCAACGAGGUCAUGAGUCACUUCUAUGCAGUCUUAAUGGGAAAGACAAAUGAAAGUAUGCAUGUCAAGCAUUUGGAGACAGUAACCCAGCUGCUGAAGGAGAUGACAAAUGUUGACAGUCAAAAUGAGGGGAUAAUAACCAUAGAGCAAUUCAGCACAGUCCUCAAGAAUACCUUCCCCCUCAAGAAGGAAGAGAAAAUUCAGGAGCUGAUGGAGGCAGGGGGCUGGCAUUCCGAUGGCACCAGUGCAGAUGUGCUCAGCUACCGCUCAUUAUUUAUGGAGGAUGAGGAAGGCCGGCGUGAGCCCUUUGUGCGAAAGGUGUGGGAACAAUACCUAGAGGAAAAGGAUGAGUACUUACAGGAGAUAAAGCAGGAGCUGGGCAUGGAAACCUAUGAUUUGGUGACCCUAUCCAAGCUGCGUGGGGCCUUAAUGAGCAACGACCCCAGCCUGGACAAGCAGACUAUGAAUACUUAUAUCAGCCAGGCCUUCCAGCUCUCUGAGUCAGAACUGCCAGAGGAGGGUAACGAGAAGGAAGAGACCAUUGCGGUACAGCUCCAGUUGAUACUGGACCGGCUUCAUGUGGUUGACAUAAGGCGCAUAGGGCCAAGAGAGCAAGAGCCUGCAAGCUAGGAUUGCUGUGGGCAACCUGAGUGCUCCAGUAUACUGUUCCUCCCUGA